UUUGACUAUUGCUUCAGGAGAAUUCGGUGUCGGGACAAUUCAGAUUCGAGUCUGGCGACUCCGAUUGCCGGUUGCCUUUGAAGAACCCUCUAGGGUUUACUCUCAGGGUCCUUUCCUUUACACAAUUUUCAUUUGUUUUCUGGGAAAUUGACACAAAAUUCCUUCCAAGUAUUCCUCGAUUCAAUCAAGCCCCGGAGUUCGUGCUCUUCCUUGUUCUUGAUUUCUUGCCUGGCUGUAUUUCAAAAUGGGUAAGAAUCAAGCGUACAAAGCGAUGCAGAAAGCCAGGCUGGGAUCCACAAGCGCGGCUGGGCCGGUAGAGGUUGAAGAUGGAAUGGUGGAUGGUUCAUUUCAUUCACCAGAGUGGCAUGCUGCUCGUUUGGCCAGCCUUAAUACUUCUCACACGAUUACGUGGGAGGAAUAUAAAAAGAAGCAAAAGGAAGACGAGUUGAAAAAGGGAGAGAUGGAAGCAGAUACGGAUAGAAUGAUGAAAGAAUAUAGAGCGCAGUUGGAUGCUGAGCGGGCACGCAAACUUGCUCAUGGGAGAAAUCGCUCCGGUAGCAAGUCUGGUCAUGAAAAAGAUAGGAAGAACAGAGACUUAAAGAAACGGAGCAAAAAAAAGAGAAAGCAUUCGAAGAGGAAAUCGUCUGAGUCGAGCUCUUCUAGUUCAUCCUCGGAUUCAUCCAGCAGCGACGAGGAGGAAAGGGAAUCUAGAAGAUCGAAGUCGAGAUCGAAAAGAUCGAAGAGGGAAAAGAAGCAUAGGUCGAGAAGCAAGCAGUCUUCAAGUGAUGAUGAAGAGGCGGAUGGUCCAGUGCCACUUUCAAGAUUCUUUGAGAAAGUGAAGAAUUAAGGGGUAUUUUGUUUGUUCUGUAACGUUUAUAAAAUUUCCAGUCUUGAAAUAGCAUAUUUGAUCCUCCUCCUCUUCCUUUUUUCUCCUGAAUUUGCAUUUACGCAUUGUUGUUUCUAUUAUUGGCUUUCUAAAGUUGGAGUGAUCCAUGUCGUAGAAGAUUUCGACCCGUGU